CAGCAGCCGCCACAAGUCUUUCCGCCUCCAAGUCUCGCUUGCAGAGCGGAGAGAUUAUGGUGGACUGACACCGCUGCCUGCAGACGGACCCCGCCGGAGGGUUUCCCAUGCUCCAACUAACCAAAAGAAGAAGGAAAAAGCCAUCCUCCCGGCAUGACUGCUGCUCCCGGGGGCCUCCCGCCUCGCCUGCCUGCUUGAUGUCUUCCCCCGUCCGUACAGCCAUCGCUACACCCAUGUAUUUUUCAUGCUGGAAGUCUCCAUGCCCCCGAGCCGCUGCUGGUGACCGCGGGGCGGCUAUGAAGUAGCCCUCGGGCAGCUGCGUACAACGCGCCGUCCUCCCGGCCCGCAUGCAUUUCUCUUUGCGAAGGGAAGGAUUUUCUUGAAGGCAAAGCCAGCGACCGCCGCCUCCAGAUCCCCCUGCGAGGGACGGACUCUCACCGACAUGGCUCACGUGUUGCCCUGGCUGUUGCUGUGCCUGGGCUCCGGCGUGGUGCGAGCCGGCCGCGCGCAGCUGGGGAUCCUCGUGCCGCUGCGCAACGGGCUGGGGCCCCCGGCCCAGGGCCACCGGGUGCAGCGAGCCGCCGAGGGGGAGCAGGAGGACUCCAAGCAAGGGAGCAAUUUUGUGGACAUGAUAGAUAACUUGCGGGGCAAGUCCGGGCAGGGCUACUAUGUGGAGAUGACUGUCGGGAGCCCCCCGCAGAAGCUGAACAUCCUGGUGGACACAGGCAGCAGCAACUUUGCAGUUGGGGCAGCACCUCACCCGUUCCUGCAGAGGUACUACCAGCGGCAGCUGUCCAGCACCUACCGGGACCUGCGGAAGGGCGUCUACGUGCCGUACACCCAGGGCAAGUGGGAGGGGGAGCUCGGGACCGACCUGGUCACCAUCCCCCACGGCCCCAGUGUCACCGUCCGAGCCAACAUUGCAGCCAUCACCAAGUCGGACAAGUUCUUCAUCAACGGCUCCAACUGGGAGGGGAUCCUGGGGCUGGCCUACGCUGAGAUCGCCCGGCCUGAUGACAGCUUGGAGCCCUUCUUCGACUCACUGGUGAAGCACACCCGCGUCCCCAACAUCUUCUCCCUGCAGCUGUGUGGGGCAGGCUUCUCCCCCAACGAGUCCGAGGCCUUGGCAUCAGUUGGCGGCAGCAUGAUCAUCGGCGGCAUCGACCGUUCCCUCUAUGUCGGCAGCAUCUGGUACACUCCCAUCAGGAAGGAGUGGUACUACGAGGUCAUCAUUGUCAAGGUCGAGAUCAACGGGCAGGACCUGAAGAUGGACUGCAAAGAGUACAACUACGACAAGAGCAUUGUGGACAGCGGGACCACCAACCUCCGGCUGCCGAAGAAGGUGUUCGAGGCUGCGGUCAAGUCCAUCAAAACAGCAUCUUCGACGGAGAAGUUCCCCGACGGCUUCUGGUUGGGGGAGCAACUGGUGUGCUGGCAGGUCGGCACCACCCCCUGGCACAUCUUCCCCGUCAUCUCACUCUAUUUGAUGGGCGAGGCCACCAACCAGUCCUUCCGGAUCACCAUCCUGCCCCAGCAAUACCUGCGCCCCGUGGAGGAUGUGGCCACCUCCCAGGAUGACUGCUACAAGUUCGCCAUCUCACAGUCCUCCACCGGCACCGUCAUGGGCGCCGUCAUCAUGGAGGGCUUCUACGUCGUCUUCGACCGGGCCCGCAAGCGCAUCGGCUUUGCAGUCAGCACCUGCCACGUGCACGACGAGUUCCGGCGGGCGGCGGUGGAGGGGCCGUACCUGCACCCCGACAUGGCGGACUGCGGCUACAACAUCCCGCAGACGGACGAGUCCACACUGAUGACCAUCGCCUAUGUCAUGGCGGCCAUCUGCGCCCUCUUCAUGCUGCCGCUGUGCCUGAUGGUCUUCCAGUGGCGCUGCUUCCGCUGCCUGCGGCGGGACCACGACGACUUUGCCGACGACAUAUCCUUGCUCAAGUGACGCCUGCCCCGCAGGCCGAGGGGGCUGCUGGAGCCUGCUCCUGGGGGCCCCGGAGCCAGGGCGGGAGCAGGCACAGCUCUGACUUGGGGCACGGGCUCUUCUGCCCCUGGAACACGAGGUGUGUGGCGGGGAGGGGGAAGGGAGCGAUCCUGUCUGCCAGCAGCAGAGCCAUUGCCCAGAGGCAGGCCCCUGGUGCCCCCCUUGCCCUCCCACCUCCGCUGUAGCAGCCGGGUCCUGGGCUGGAGCAGCGAGGGAGGGCGAGGUGCUGGUGGCAGGGCAGCCCCGGGCCGGGGAGCAGGGCGCCAGUGGUUGGUGGGGGUCACUGUCCCAUGCUUUCAGGUUCAGUUGGUUGGUUCCUAGCUAAUACCCUGGGUGUGCUGCUGCCCUGGGGGGCUGGGGACAGCCCCUCCAUGGUCUGCCAGGCAGACAUGGAGUCACUGCCCUCUACACCCCAGAAGCAGCUGCCCCAAACCUGCCCCAGCCAGGGACACAUUGCCAGAGGCUGAAGGGGGCAGCAGCCUCAGAGGCACCUGGCCCUGGCCCAGGGGUGGCAGCUCUGGGGCUUUCGCUGGCCUCUCCUGUGUGGUGCCGCGGGUCGUGCUUUGACCCCAUUGGGGUCCUCUGCCCCACAGAGACCUGCCCGCAGCACAAGGAAGCUCAGUCACGGGGCAGAGGACCGAGCUAUACCGAGCCUCUUCCUUGGCACCUGCGCUGGCCUAGCCUUCCCCCAUCCUCAGCAGCUCCUGGAGAGCCGGGCCUGUUGGCACAGAGAAACCUGCUCAGCCCAGCCUGGGGGUCCCUGGAGGCGCCCCGCCAUGUCGUACUCUGUGCGUGUGCCCGUGCGUUGCUGCUUGCCGUAGCCCCCAGGCUGCCCCCUCUCUUCCCCAUGGGAUGCCCACGUGAGCUGGACUCUACGGGCUGCAUCCCCACAGCCGGUGGGAGCAGAGAGCUGGGAACCACCCUGUGCUGGCUGCCCUCUGCUCUCUCUGGGGACCCUCCGUGACCCGCUGCCUCCUCGUGGGGUGGAGGUGGACCCUGGGCACACAGCCACGGGAACCUACCUGGUGUUGGUGUCCCGGGCGCAGGUCAGGGCAGGGUCUGGCUGGCUGGGUGGUCAGAUCACCGUGCAGGAGCCUGACUGGGCUCCGUCGUGCAGUGGGGAGGAAGACCCCCGCUGAGAGUGGGGGCAGCGCUGUACAGGAUCCCGUCUGCUGCAGGAGCUGCCACCUCCCCCCAGUGGCUUCCACCUCCUGUCCUUGGAGCUCGGGGAGGCAGAUGCCCACAGCCCUGAGCCCCAGGCAGGGAACCCUCCCUGCCUCCUGCCUGCCUUCUCUUUAGCUCUGCCCCCACCUGAUCCCCGUGGCCCAGGGCUGGCACUGGCCAUGGCUGCGAGCGGUCACAGCACCUCAUUCUCUGAAGGAGGCAGCAGCUGCUCCUGAAACAGGGGUAUUGGGCUGGUUGCCUCCUGCCUGUGCCUGGGGCUGAGAGCUUGGGGAGGGGCUGGUCGUUUCCACCCUGACACCUCCCAUCAAGCGCAGCCCGUGGCCACAGCCCAGAGCAGCAGGUUGAGAACGGGUAGCCCCUGCCGCAGCCCUGGCACCCUGCCUCCCCAAGCUGAGAGCACACCUGGCCCGGCCAAGCCUGCAGUAGGAUCCCCAAAGCCAAACUGUUACCCAGCCUGCCCACCCCCGCAAAAGCCAUAGGAGCCAGGCCCAGCCUGUGCCAGCACCCGCCUGCUGCCGCAGCCUUGUCUCACUGAGGGCCCUGCCCUGCAUGGGAUGGGAUGGGAUGGGCUCCCCCAGCACGUGGGCAGAAGGGAGAGAAAUGUCUCUUCCCGCUCUGGGCUUGGCUGCUAAAGGAGCCCCCUGCUACAGCCAGUCUGCAGGGGACGGCUGCAGGCAGCAGUGCCAUCCUUGCUGUCCAGACACACGGUUGCCCGUAGGCGAGGGCAGCAGAGCAGGACGUGGUGUGCGCAGAGGCCAGGAGCUUCUGGCCUGUGCAUUGGAUACAUGUCCCAAUCCUUGUAAUUCCAGUGCUGCAACCCACCCGGCCUUGCCCAGCCUGGCAGUGGGGGGGGGGCACAUGGUUUUUAGACCAUUGCUCUUAAGCUCCGUUUUGGUUUCUGGGCUCUGCAGCCACAGGCCCGGCUGGGGGAGGGCAGGGUGGAAGGAGCUUCCCAUGGAGCUGAGGGAAGCAGGCUCAGCAGGGAGCUGGAGGCUGGAGAGAGCCCCCAUAAAGCUGCUGGGGGCAGGAGGGGGCCCAGGACAACACAGAGCACAUAAGCUUGCACCGCGGGAGCAGCUUCAUGACAGAUGUGAUGGUGCAGUGCACAAGGGGGGCGGAAGCAGCCAUAGCUCCCCCCGGAGCCUGCGAGAGGUGUGGAAAGGCCAGGGGAAGGGGGUCCACACCCCGCAGUGGUGCACAUCCCCUUCCCCCCCCCCCCCACAAGCUGCUGCUGCCCAUAGUUGUCACAAGGGCAGACAAGCCCGUGUUCAACAGUGCCAGCCCUCCCCCCAGAGCGGUGGUGACAGAGGGAGCUCUUCCACCCUGCCCUCCCCUUGGGAGAAGCCCAGAAGGGAUCCCCAGAGCAGGCGCUGGCUCAAGAGACGGCCCAGGGGAGCACAGAGCAGCAGGGGGGUCCAGGCUGCUCUUUCCCGCUGCUUCAUGAGCCUGUCUCAGCGCCCAUGCCCCCUCACCUGGUGACUUGCUCCGGCACACCUCGGGGCCCCAGGCCACCUCAGAAGGGCAGAGCGAGGCAGGUGGGAUGUGCCCAGACCCCACACCCCAGUGCCUGCCUGCCUGCCCAGGACCUCCCCGGGACACCAGACUCGUUUGUGGGCCACUGCCUUAACGCACCCGUGUGUGUAGAGCCCCGCAGACCGGGGCCACAUCCAGCUGCCCAGCACAAGGGGUGCAUCCAGGAGCCUCGCCUAGAGCUGCCAGCGCUUACACCACUGCUGAAUUUGUCCCAGACUUUGCAAUCUCUGAAGCAGGAGUAAGACUGAGAGGUGCUGAGCACCUGUCCAGCCCACGGAGAGACCAAACCAACCUGCCCAGAGGAGGCUGCCGUGGAGCCAGAGCAGGAGGGGAGGGGAGGGGGGUAGGGCCUGGAAAGGUUUGUUACUCUGAGCUGCAGUGCAGCCAGCUUCAUUCGUCCCCGAGAGCUUCUGCCCCGCGGGCCCAGCCUCGCAGCAGCCAAGACCGGCAGUGGCGGCGAGCCGGCUGGACUGCGAGCAGCACGGGGAAGCGGGGCAGCAGCAGACUCCAGUCCUCUGUAACCCUAAUGUCUGUGUAAGAAUCAUGAAUGUUACCGCAGUAAAUUAUGACAUUAAAAGCAGAGAAGAGCC